CAGCACCAGCUUGGGCACUGAAGCCGAUCAAUAUUCUGAUCUUUUGGUUGUCUAGAACAGUAUUGAUAGUUCCGUAUCGAGGUGAAGUAGAGCAUGGGCCUGACCUUUCAUUUGCUUAACACACGGUAGGCCGGCUCGGCUUGAAGGACGAUGUAUGCCCCGGGAGAAAAUUCCCAGUGUAAAUCGUUCGUUAUUCCAGGUCAAGAUUUGCUGCAGCCUGGGAAGACAGAACCGUCCCCUGAGGUGUCGAGAACGACCCCAGUGCUCACUGGGGAUGCUCUUGAAAUUUUGGGUCCCGAGAGGUAUCCCCAACGAGCCCUCUAUGGACACAUUGUUUCGCAAUGCGCUGCCGAGUUCCGCAGCCAUCCAGCCAAUCCCAUGCUGUAUGUCAACACUAACACGCCUUUCAAUGCGCUAGUAUGCGGAGUUCAGGGGUCGGGCAAAAGCCAUUCUACGGCUGUCCUUCUUGAAGGAUGCUUAAUCCAGGACUCGAGAAUUGGGGCGCUUCCAGCACCCCUUAGUGCGUUGGUGUUCUACUUGGAUAGUGCAUCAGGUAGCGGUAUAGUGCAACCCUGUGAGGCAGCAUAUCUCGCGAUGUUGGAUGCUCACCGUGGUGGUCAUGCCAAACCGCCUAACGUCACUGUCCUCGUUUUACCGCCGAACCUGCAGGCAAUGAGAAAAGUCUAUUCCGGUUUGCUCAAUGUACAAGUCGAGCCUUUGCAUUUCUCCCCGGAGAAUAUUAGCGGGGAACGUCUCCUCACUAUGAUGAGACUAAAUGAGAACUCUCAGCUGCCGAUCUACAUGGAAGCUAUCAUGACGACUCUUCGUACCAUGGAGCAUGAUUUCAACUAUCAGGUCUUUCGCCAGAAAUUGGACGAACUAAAUCUCAAGCCCGACCAACGUACGAUGCUGAACCUCCGUCUCAUGCUUCUAGACUCCUGCUUUAAGGGUGGCGAAACCGUGAAGAGUGUCUCGUCUCAUUUCAAAAAGGGACAGUUGACGAUUGUCGAUUUGUCCUCUCCGUUUAUGGAUGGCGAGUCGGCGUGCGGGAUAUUCGACCUGGUACUUAGCCUCUUUGUCGACGCUGAGAUUGAAGGCGCCGGCAAGCUUGUAGUCCUCGACGAGGCUCACAAAUAUCUAUCCGAGACGAAAGCUGGCAGCUCAGGCCGUCUUACUGACUCCGUGCUCACCGUGGUACGACAGCAGAGGCACCUGGCCACCCGAGUGAUUAUCUCCACUCAGGAGCCCACCGUAGUCCCCACAAAGUUCUUAGACCUGAGCUCUUUUGUCAUUGCCCAUCAGUUUUCGUCUCCGGCGUGGAUGCACCACCUGUCGCAGCAUGUGUCGUCAGGCAAAGGGGUUUCGGGGGAGCUGCUGUCCAAGAUUGUGUCCCUGGAGGCCGGAGAAGCGCUUCUGUUUGCGCCUCGCGGUCUUGGGGCGCGCAAUGUGGGGAGUCCGUCCGAGCUUGACGCUGCUCACAAGCCGGGAGCUCGAGACCAAGUCCUCGGCGCCACGGUAGCGCACAUCGGCCAGGGAUACUUGCAUGUCAAGUCUCGCCAGCGCAUCACCCGUGAUGGUGGACAUGCCAUUCUUGCCGUCCCCGACGAAGAAGCUACUCGUCUCGGCCGCGUCUCUGUCCGCGCGCCUCCCGCCACCGGGGAACCUGAAAAGAGCACCGUUGCCGAAGGUGCGGCAGUUAUGGCACGGGAGAAGAACGAGGCCGAAGGGGUUACGUCAAUCAAACUGGCUUUCCGUGUCGUGAACUAUGUCGUCAGCCAGUUCAGCCGCAACGAUGCGGCAUCGCUUUCUCUCGAUGACAUUCGCAAGAAUUUUGAAGCCCUUAACGAUGCGGACAUUGAAACUGUCCUUCAGCAGGCGGAAAACGAAGGAUUCUUUCGAAGACAGAACAACCGGAUUCUGCGACCCAACGAGGCCAAUGGGUCUGUGCUGUCUUCCCCGCCAAAUUCCUCGGACUUCGAGUCUCGGGAUACCAACGAGGCGUCGAUUGGAAUUCAGGUAUCGUCUGUAGUCGACUACGUGAAAGGUCGCGUGAACCACGGCGCACCGAAAUUGUCCAUCAAGAAUAUCCGCAAGUACUUCGCCAACAACCAGCCAGUUUUGAGCGAGGCCGACGUUGCUGCGGCAUUGUGUGCAGCAAAAAAGGCGGGACAGCUCGUGACAAAGUCAAAGGGCGGUAAACAAUGGAUAACGCUGCCGCAGAAGGCUUCGUCGACUAAGAAGCUGCCCUCAGGAUCGUCUGCAGGUCCAAGCACCACGUCGUAUUCUGCUCUUACGGUAGCAAGUGCUGCAGCCGUGACGGCUAUCACGUUCAAAGGCAGCCACCAGCGCUUUGCACCCCUCGUCCGCGUCGUGCUCGCAAGCUACUCCAAGCAGAAAAAGCCCGUCGACGUCAGCACAAUCCAGAAACACUUCCAGCAAAGCAAUCUAGGGAUCUAUGGAAAGAAGUUAAGGGCAUACAAGCAGGUCGCUACCGCAGCUGUGUCGCAGGGCCUGCUCCUCGACGCUUCAGGUGGCGCGAGGAAGCCGCUGGUGGUGAAGGUGGCGCCGAUCCCGGGCGCAAGAUAUGAUUUUUGAGCGCUAGCACAAGUGCCUGGGAUUGAGAAUAGGUGUUAUCGAGUUUAGCCCUUUGUAUGAGUCUUCAACUGCUCCUCGCUUAUCUUGUCGUUUUGCCCGUUCGCAGAGGCCGUCACCUGUAUAUCGUCUAUUCAAACUUAUGACAAACGUCCGUUUCCAUCUAGCUAUCCUUCGGUAUCUUCCCAUCAGGUCCCACAGUCUAGUCACCUCAUGAAAGCCCAAAAGGUUGGAGGUUCUGGUGGGUUUCAACGUGCCACAGGCAUCUUCAAGCGAGCGAGUACCUGCGUCAGCUUCACGCGUUCGUUGAGGAGAGCGAGAGUAUGCUGCGUCGGAGAGUUAUGUCUCGUGGUGAUCCGUCGAGGGACACCGGCGACCGGCGGCGUCUUCGCAGAGGAUAGCUGUGCAGAAAGCGGGGCCGCUGGAGGGGGAGACGCGGCGUUGGGUCGACGGGCGGUUUCAAACGUGAGGAGCUCUUCUCCUAUGUCGAUGGGUUCUAUCCAGUCUGUGCGGCGAGCUGAAUUCCUUCCGAGCGGAUGGAAGAUGCCCGAAGGACACUCGGACCAGAUUGGCGAACCGGCUUCCGCGCCCAGGCCAGCGUGGUCCACCUGUG